AUGUCUCAGCAUGGUGGCAUGGAUAUGCCUCCCUCUGAUGAUAAUAUGAUGAUGAUGAUGCAAAACAGCUUCUACUGGAGCAAAGACGCGAUCAUCCUUUUCUCUGGAUGGCCCAACCACAACCCUUUCAUGUAUAUAUUGGCUCUCUUAUUCGUAUUCCUUCUGGCUGUCGCCGUUGAGGUCUUGUCCAUCCCUCCCACCCGCAAACAGGGCACGAUCCCAGCGGUGACAGCCUUAACUCAGACCGUUGUCCACGCAGUUCGCAUGGGUCUGGGUUACUUGGUGAUGCUGGCAGUUAUGUCCUUCAACGUGGGAGUACUCCUAGUUGCCAUCGCUGGCCAUGCCGUUGGCUUCUUUCUCAACAAAUAUCGUGCACUCUCUGCGGCACCUCCUCCCGAGGCCCUCCCUCUUAAAGUAUGAUGUUUUUUCAAGCCACUCAUCAACAACUCCUUUCAUGUGUUAUUUAUUGUUCAGAUCUCGCCUCUACACUCUGUAUGUUUGGACAUGUAUGGGUAUUGUAUGCACUUAUGCACUGUGGAUGCCUUCUAAGUCCUAAAUGGGAUGCCUCUUAAACGUUACACCCUAGUUGGUGUCAUUGUUAGAUAAUCACUUGGCAUAGUAAAUCUAAACAAGAUGAUCAACAGGAGUGGAUAAUGAUGGCAGACACAAAGUAAUUCGAUAAGUCUAACAAAAUUUCACA